UUUUGCGCUGAUCCCAUCCCUGACAACGAAUGUGCUAACAAUGAAAUCACUUGUAACGAUGGCACAUGCUUGUUGAUGUCUAAAGUUUGUGAUGGACAACCGGACUGUGCGGAUGGUUCCGAUGAAGGAACCUGGUGUCCAAAGCCUCCUAUACCGAUUAAGACUCCUGCUUGCGGAAGGGAUGAGUUCCAGUGCUUCAAUGGAAAAUGUAUCCCACUUUACUGCUUGUGUGACGGAGACAUCAACUGCGAUUAUGCUGAAGACGAAGGCGAUUUUUGUGCUACUCCGGAACCACUUGAACCUAAGCCAACUUGCAGACAAGGACAAUUUAUGUGCGCUUCAGAUUUAAGCUGUAUUGAUGUAAGGAACGUGUGCGAUGGGUUUCAGCAUUGCCCCAAAGGUGAAGAUGAGGGUGAUUUUUGCCCAACCGCACCAGCUCCAAUCCGACCUCAACCCGCUUGUGACCCCGAGACUGAAUUCAUGUGCAAUGACGGCAAGUGUGUUGUGCAAACAUGUCUCUGCAAUGGUAAACUGGACUGCAGUUAUGGCGAAGAUGAAGGUCCUUUCUGCGAGGCUGAAAUAAUUGAAGUAGAGUAUCCCUCUUGUAGCUCGAAGGAAUUCACUUGCAAUGAUGGUAAAUGCAUUGAUAUCGAGUUUGUAUGUGAUGGAUACGGCCACUGCCGGAAUGGCGAAGACGAAGGAGCCUUCUGUCCUCCCAAACCGGACCCUAUCCCUGGAAAAUUGCGUAUGACCAAUCAAUUCAUGUGCAGCGAUGGAAAAUGCAUUCAAAAACGAUUCGUAUGUGACGGCGUUUGGAACUGCAAGUUUGGCGAAGACGAACAUGAGUUCUGCGACGUUAAGGUGACUGUAGAUGACAAGGUAUGCGGAAUGAACCAGUACAUGUGCAACGACUACAGUUGUAUUUCUCUGUUCAUGGUUUGUAACGGACGUGCUGAUUGCGCAAGAUCAGAGGACGAGGGAACUUUUUGCCCAAUUGACAAGCCUAGACCUGAACCGACUACUUGUGGCGAUAACCAAUUCACAUGCCGAGAUGGAUCUUGCAUUCCUCAUUUCUACGUCUGUGACAGCCAAUGGCAUUGUGCAUCAGGAGAAGAUGAGGGACGCUUCUGCAAACCCCCGCCUACACUUCCCCCUCCCCCACCAGUUUGCGGAGGAGAUCAAUUUACUUGCUCUGACCAGAAAUGUAUCCCAGCCAAGUACGUCUGUGACCGCAAACGAGAUUGCAUUAAAGGUGAAGAUGAAGGUCCUUUCUGCCCUAACCCUCUGGAACCAAAACCAGCACCUGAAUGUGGAGUUGAUGAGUUCAUGUGCGCGGAUGGGUACUGUAUUGAUCAUGUGAUGGUGUGCGACGGAAGAUGGAACUGCAAGAAAGGAGAAGACGAGGCUCAGUUCUGCAAACCCCCAGAGCCUGAGAAGUUCAAGCCCCACUGCAGAAGAGAUGAGUUCACCUGCUCGGAUAGAAAAUGUAUCGAUGAUAAAUACGUUUGCGACGGAUUGUGGCAUUGUAAACACGGAGAGGACGAAGGUGCAUUCUGCCCAACAAUGCCUCCAACCAUUGCUCCUCCAACUUGCGCUGAUGGAAAAUUCAUGUGUUCUGAUGCUUCUUGCAUCCCGUUUACCCAGUUGUGCAACAAGAGGUGGGAUUGUCCGGAUGGUGAGGAUGAAGGAAUCUAUUGCCAGCCACUGCCUGAACCCGAGAACCCCAAACCUAAAUGCGGCGAAGGCCAAUUUACAUGCCCAGAUAUGACUUGUAUCUUCGAAGAGGAAGUUUGCGACGGUAUUUGGAACUGCGCUGGAGGUGAGGAUGAAGGUGAAUUCUGCCCUACUCAACCACCUGUCAAGCCUGGAAACUUGUGCAGCGCCAAAGAUUUCACGUGCUCAGAUGGAACAUGUAUCUCGCAGAACUUGGUUUGUGAUGGACGAUGGGAUUGUAAAUACGGAACCGACGAAGGAAUUUAUUGCAAAGGACUCCCAGUUCCUCCCGCUCCCAAGCCACCAUGCAAAGUGCACGAGUUUACUUGUCAAGACCGCAGCUGUAUUUUGGAAACUCAUGUUUGUGAUGGGAAGAUGGACUGCCGAUUUGGCGAAGACGAAAGCGAGUUCUGCCCGACUGCGCCUACUGCUCCUCCUCCGCCCACUUGUGGACCUAAAGAAUUCAUGUGCUCCGAUUCUUCCUGCAUCCCUAUGAACUGCGUUUGCGAUGAGGUCUGGAAUUGUCGUCAUGGCGAGGAUGAAGCUGAGUUCUGCAAGCCAGUUAAGCCGUUCCCCAGAGCCAGCUGUGGCAAAAAGGAAUACGAGUGCACGACAGAUGACUUCUACACCGAACCUCACUGUAUCGACGAGCGGGAACUCUGUGAUGGAUAUUCUAAUUGUCCGGAUGGGGAAGACGAAGGUCUCUGGUGUACGACUGAGCUGUGUCAGGGAUACCUCUGUGCUGACAAGUCCAGGUGUCUCAAGUGGCACCAGAUUUGUGACCAGGUCAAAGAUUGCAUGUGGGGUGAUGACGAAGAGAACUGCGCUAUCCUGCCACCCAAGAACAUGAACUAUACCUGCAAGAUCAAAGAGUUCGGUUGCACGGACAACAAUGCGACGUGCAACGGGAGACGAGACUGUCCGGACAACUCUGACGAGAGUAUCUGCAACAGACCGAAAGUGAUGUUCGACAGGAACAACCGAGAGUGUCCCUACCCACAGAAGUUCGUGUGUGCCGAUGGGAACAGAUGUCUGCCUAUGUCUUCGCUGUGCGAUGGACAGAAGGAGUGCCCCGAUGGAUCGGACGAAGUAAAGGAAAUGUGCGGCUCCUCGCCCCACUGUUUAGUUAUCGACGAGGAGCUAACUAUGUGGACGGCACGGAGCAUUCUGAUUCUUAUUACUAUCACAUCUGAAGUAUUCGGCGAAGAAGUUGCGCUGAAGGAUACAAUUCUACGAGCCAGUAGAAAACUGAACAAUGAGAACUACUUUGAGCGGCUGACUCACCAGAAGAGGACCUCACCUCCCCUCUGUCCCAUCUUCCAGUUCGAGUGUGGACCUACUCAAACUUGCUUGUCGUUUUCAGCACUAUGCAACAAUGAGGCCAACUGUCCAGAUGCAUCCGAUGAAGAUGGAUGCGGGCUGAAGCCGGAACCUCCCAGGGAAUGCACGGAGCGAGAAUACGCGUGUCAAGAUGGUUUGAAGUGCAUUCCGAAAUCAUUCACUUGCGACAAUAUUGAUGACUGCCAAGACAGAUCAGAUGAGAGCAUCUGCAAUGACCCGGUGCGACCUGGACUUGUUUGCGGACCAGACGCUCUGAAAUGCGACAGCGGGACCAAAUGUGUUGACCCGGAGAAUAUUUGCAAUAACUUUGCCAACUGCGCUGACGGGACAGAUGAACUUUUUUGCGCUGAUCCCAUCCCUGACAACGAAUGUGCUAACAAUGAAAUCACUUGUAACGAUGGCACAUGCUUGUUGAUGUCUAAAGUUUGUGAUGGACAACCGGACUGUGCGGAUGGUUCCGAUGAAGGAACCUGGUGUCCAAAGCCUCCUAUACCGAUUAAGACUCCUGCUUGCGGAAGGGAUGAGUUCCAGUGCUUCAAUGGAAAAUGUAUCCCACUUUACUGCUUGUGUGACGGAGACAUCAACUGCGAUUAUGCUGAAGACGAAGGCGAUUUUUGUGCUACUCCGGAACCACUUGAACCUAAGCCAACUUGCAGACAAGGACAAUUUAUGUGCGCUUCAGAUUUAAGCUGUAUUGAUGUAAGGAACGUGUGCGAUGGGUUUCAGCAUUGCCCCAAAGGUGAAGAUGAGGGUGAUUUUUGCCCAACCGCACCAGCUCCAAUCCGACCUCAACCCGCUUGUGACCCCGAGACUGAAUUCAUGUGCAAUGACGGCAAGUGUGUUGUGCAAACAUGUCUCUGCAAUGGUAAACUGGACUGCAGUUAUGGCGAAGAUGAAGGUCCUUUCUGCGAGGCUGAAAUAAUUGAAGUAGAGUAUCCCUCUUGUAGCUCGAAGGAAUUCACUUGCAAUGAUGGUAAAUGCAUUGAUAUCGAGUUUGUAUGUGAUGGAUACGGCCACUGCCGGAAUGGCGAAGACGAAGGAGCCUUCUGUCCUCCCAAACCGGACCCUAUCCCUGGAAAAUUGUGUAUGACCAAUCAAUUCAUGUGCAGCGAUGGAAAAUGCAUUCAAAAACGAUUCGUAUGUGACGGCGUUUGGAACUGCAAGUUUGGCGAAGACGAACAUGAGUUCUGCGACGUUAAGGUGACUGUAGAUGACAAGGUAUGCGGAAUGAACCAGUACAUGUGCAACGACUACAGUUGUAUUUCUCUGUUCAUGGUUUGUAACGGACGUGCUGAUUGCGCAAGAUCAGAGGACGAGGGAACUUUUUGCCCAAUUGACAAGCCUAGACCUGAACCGACUACUUGUGGCGAUAACCAAUUCACAUGCCGAGAUGGAUCUUGCAUUCCUCAUUUCUACGUCUGUGACAGCCAAUGGCAUUGUGCAUCAGGAGAAGAUGAGGGACGCUUCUGCAAACCCCUGCCUACACUUCCCCCUCCCCCACCAGUUUGCGGAGGAGAUCAAUUUACUUGCUCUGACCAGAAAUGUAUCCCAGCCAAGUACGUCUGUGACCGCAAACGAGAUUGCAUUAAAGGUGAAGAUGAGGGUCCUUUCUGCCCUAACCCUCUGGAACCAAAACCAGCACCUGAAUGUGGAGUUGAUGAGUUCAUGUGCGCGGAUGGGUACUGUAUUGAUCAUGUGAUGGUGUGCGACGGAAGAUGGAACUGCAAGAAAGGAGAAGACGAGGCUCAGUUCUGCAAACCCCCAGAGCCUGAGAAGUCCAAGCCCCACUGCAGAAGAGAUGAGUUCACCUGCUCGGAUAGAAAAUGUAUCGAUGAUAAAUACGUUUGCGACGGAUUGUGGCAUUGUAAAAACGGAGAGGACGAAGGUGCAUUCUGCCCAACAAUGCCUCCAACCAUUGCUCCUCCAACUUGCGCUGAUGGAAAAUUCAUGUGUUCUGAUGCUUCUUGCAUCCCGUUUACCCAGUUGUGCAACAAGAGGUGGGAUUGUCCGGAUGGUGAGGAUGAAGGAAUCUAUUGCCAGCCACUGCCUGAACCCGAGAACCCCAAACCUAAAUGCGGCGAAGGCCAAUUUACAUGCCCAGAUAUGACUUGUAUCUUCGAAGAGGAAGUUUGCGACGGUAUUUGGAACUGCGCUGGAGGUGAGGAUGAAGGUGAAUUCUGCCCUACUCAACCACCUGUCAAGCCUGGAAACUUGUGCAGCGCCAAAGAUUUCACGUGCUCAGAUGGAACAUGUAUCUCGCAGAACUUGGUUUGUGAUGGACGAUGGGAUUGUAAAUACGGAACCGACGAAGGAAUUUAUUGCAAAGGACUCCCAGUUCCUCCCGCUCCCAAGCCACCAUGCAAAGUGCACGAGUUUACUUGUCAAGACCGCAGCUGUAUUUUGGAAACUCAUGUUUGUGAUGGGAAGAUGGACUGCCGAUUUGGCGAAGACGAAAGCGAGUUCUGCCCGACUGCGCCUACUGCUCCUCCUCCGCCCACUUGUGGACCUAAAGAAUUCAUGUGCUCCGAUUCUUCCUGCAUCCCUAUGAACUGCGUUUGCGAUGAGGUCUGGAAUUGUCGUCAUGGCGAGGAUGAAGCUGAGUUCUGCAAGCCAGUUAAGCCGUUCCCCAGAGCCAGCUGUGGCAAAAAGGAAUACGAGUGCACGACAGAUGACUUCUACACCGAACCUCACUGUAUCGACGAGCGGGAACUCUGUGAUGGAUAUUCUAAUUGUCCGGAUGGGGAAGACGAAGGUCUCUGGUGUACGACUGAGCUGUGUCAGGGAUACCUCUGUGCUGACAAGUCCAGGUGUCUCAAGUGGCACCAGAUUUGUGACCAGGUCAAAGAUUGCAUGUGGGGUGAUGACGAAGAGAACUGCGCUAUCCUGCCACCCAAGAACAUGAACUAUACCUGCAAGAUCAAAGAGUUCGGUUGCACGGACAACAACUGCGCACCAUUGACUGCGACGUGCAACGGGAGACGAGACUGUCCGGACAACUCUGACGAGAGUAUCUGCAACAGACCGAAAGUGAUGUUCGACAGGAACAACCGAGAGUGUCCCUACCCACAGAAGUUCGUGUGUGCCGAUGGGAACAGAUGUCUGCCUAUGUCUUCGCUGUGCGAUGGACAGAAGGAGUGCCCCGAUGGAUCGGACGAAGUAAAGGAAAUGUGCGGCUCCUCGCCCCACUGAUGGAUAAGCGCAUUAGGCUGAACUUAUCUCAAAUUGAUUUAAUAUAACGCAUAUAAAAUAU